AUGUCUUCCACCAUAUCGAACUCGUCUUCAAGGACUGUGACACGCGCCACGCCUCCCACACCUCUCCAGCCGCCGCCAGCAGACGACUCUAGCCACAUUCCGGUUACCCCAGCUGUUCUGCGUUCCAUAUUCACAUCCUCACGCACUCCACAUGAAGAGCGCUCCAUUUCUCGUGUAGCCUUCUUCAGGUUCGCCGGGUUCUUGCUGAGCUGUCUGGGUAUUGGUUUAGCGGCAGCGAGGGGCAGAGGGAUGAAGGGCGGGGCAGCGCUACUCGGAGUAGUAUGA